CAGCAAUCACGAGUGAAGGACUUUAGCCCGGCGUCAGUGCUGUGUAAACAAGUCAUAAGCGCUCUCCGCGACCAGCACAGCUCACAAGCAUCGCUGCGAAGCCAACCCAGCCUUGCACGCACGAUGAAGGCUGUCGCGCUCGCGCUCGCGCUCUCAUGCGUAAGCGCACUGCUACCAGCUCGCCCGCCGCGCGCGGCGUCGUCGCUGAGCGCGGCCAAGGUCCCCGGCGCCACGCAGCGCACGAAGAACACUUAUGACCUCUCUACGAUCGAGAGAACCCUAGCGACCGAGCGCGACGCGUGCGGCGUCGGUUUUGUGGCGGAGAGCGCCGCGGGUCCCUCUCGUAGGGUCAUCAUCGCCGCCACGGCGGCCUGCGACGCAAACGAGCACCGCGGCGGCUGCUCGUCCGACUGCGUCUCGGGAGAUGGUGCUGGUAUCAUGACCCAGAUCCCGUGGGCCGUCUACGAAUCGGACACGCCCGCAUUGAAGGCGAGGAGGGAACAGAACCCGGACGAGAAAUUAGGUGUGGCUACCUUAUUUGUUCCCAGAGAUCCUGAAGCGGCGGCCAGAGCUUCGGAAUUAGCCUAUGAGGCCGCUUCAUUGACUGGCUUCGAAGUGGUCGCCUGGCGCGACCUGCCGAUUGAUCCGUCGAUCUGCGGCGAGGCGGCCGCUGCGGGACGGCCGGACUUCGCUCACGUUAUUUUAGCGACGGCUGCUGAUGUUCCCGAAAGAGAUCCUAGAUCGUUAGAGAGAGCUCUCUACUUGUACAGAAGGACUCUGAGCGGAUUGUGGGACCGAGAAGAGGAGUUCUACAUCGCCUCGUGCUCGCACAAGACCGUCGUCUACAAGGGCAUGGUCCAGUCGUCGGCGCUCAGGAAGUUUUACCUUGAUCUCGCGAACGAACUGUGCUGACUCAGCGUCCGUUUCCGAACGUUUCCGAACUUCAAGUCGCGUCGACGGCGUCUUCAUGAGACUACGCCGCCGCGACGCCGUCGACGCGGUCGCACGAGAGCCUACACGUCUCGUGAGGGAGCCCCGGCCGUGUCGCGACGGCGAGCCUGCGGAUAUCUUCAUGAUCACAUGAGAGCCUACGCGUCGCGCGCGGGCGCCGCGGCGGUUUCGCGACGGUAUCAAUCAACGCAGGUACGUGUCUCAGUUCGCCAUCUACCACCGUCGCUUCUCCACGAACACGAUGCCGCGCUGGUCGCUCGCGCAGCCCUUCCGGCAGAUCGCGCACAACGGCGAGAUCAACACGAUCCGCGGGAACGUGAACUGGAUGGUGUCGCGCGCAUUAGCGGCGGGGGCCGACAUGGGCGCCGUCGCCGCCGGGUGUUCGUCGGACGAUCCCGACCGGUCCUGCGAGUUCGUAGAUCCCGACCAGUUAGGACCUGUGGUCGACGCGUCCAAGUCCGACUCCGCGAACUUGGACGCUUCCCUCGAGUUGUACACGAGAGCUGGACGCACGGUAGACGAGUCUCUGCUGCUGAUGAUGCCGCCCGCGAUUCCCAAACCCGAAGAAAAAUUGUUCUUCGACCUCCACGCGCCGCUCCAGGAGGCCUGGGACGGGCCCGCUGCCGUGUGCUACUCGGAUGGUGAUGUUGUGGGUGCUAGAUUGGACAGGAACGGUCUGAGACCGGCGCGCAUCACGCGGUACCGCGACGGCUUCGUGGCCUUGUCCUCCGAGACGGGCAGCCACAAGAACAGCUGCGACGCCGUGCCGCCGGACUCGGAAAUCCUCGAACGGACGCGCCUCGGCCCGGGCAUGAUGUGCAAAAUUGAUCUGGUGAAGAGCGACGGCGGCUACUACGACGACGCCGCCGUCAAGGCGCAGGUCGCUGCUAAUCCUAAAUGGGAGCAGGAACUCGCGAGACAGAAGCGCACGAUCGUCGACAACAAGCCCGCGCCGGCCUACACGUACGGCGAGAGCGACACGCGCAUCCAGGCGGCCUUCGGCUGGGGCAGCGAGGACGUCGACAUGCAGGUCCUGGCCAUGGUCGCGUCCGGCGGCGAGGCGACGCACUGCAUGGGCGCCGACGCGCCUUUAGCCGCGAUGUCGACCUUCGCGCACGCGGCCUACGACUACUUCAAGCAGCGCCACGCGCAGGUGACGAACCCGCCCAUCGACCCCAUCCGCGAGGGGCACGUCAUGACGACUGAUGUGUGGUUAGGUCAAAGGCCCAAUUGUGUCGAUGUUGCUCUUGAGUUAGAUGCGGGUGCCGAUCUUGUACGUAUAGAAACUCCUAUUAUGCAUCAAGCUGAAUUAGAUGAAGUGUCUUCGGUCCUGUCGACGACUACGUUGUCUACCGUGUAUGAUCCUGCUACCGAAAGUCUUGAGGAGGCCGUGAAGAGGAUCUCCGAGGAAGCUGUUAAUGCUGUGCGUGAUGGUGCCAAGUUAGUUAUUUUGUCAGACAAGACCUUCGAGCCGACUGGUGACAAGUUGUAUGUCCAGCCUCUGAUCGCUGUCGGUGCUAGUCAUCAUGCUCUGAUCUCGUCCGGUUUACGAAUGAGCGCCUCGCUUGUCGUCGAGACGGCCCAGGUCUGGUCGACGCACCAUGUCGCGACAUUAAUAGGAUAUGGUGCCAGUGCGGUCCACCCGUACAUGCUCUUCCGCGUCGCCACUCAAUUAACGACCCCGCCAGCCGAAGGCAAGAAGGCCAAGGCCGCCGUCGAGAGCAACGUCGGCAUCGAGAACGCGCGGAACGCGUUGAAGGCGGGCGUGCUGAAGAUCAUGAGCAAGAUCGGCAUUAGUACGCUGUCUUCCUACCACGGUGCGGACCCAGCGUCUUUUUCCGAACGUUUCCGAACUUCAAGUCGCGUCGAUGGCGUCUCGACGUGGCCGCCCGAGAGUCUGUCCUGCCUCGAGCGCGCUCGGCGGCCGUCGGCCCCGAGGGCCGCUCCAGCGAGUCUGAGACGCCCCACACGCCAUCGACGCGACCCACACACACCUCCAGCGCCCGCGACGCCGUAUUCAUGAUCACGAGAAGCUAACGUCGACGCGACGCAGGCGCCCAGAUCUUCGAGUGCAUCGGUUUGCACCCGGAAGUCGUCGACGUCGCCUUCAAGGGCACCGCUUCGAGGGUCGGCGGUCUAGAUUUUGCCGAGCUCCAAAAAGAAACCGCGUCAUUGGUGAAGGAUUCGGCCUACGGCGGCCUCGAUGCAGACGACGUCAAGGUCUUCAAGCUGUCGAAUUAUGGCUUCAUCAACGCCUUGCAGAAGGGGCGCGGUGGCGAGGAACACGCGAAUUCACCGCGAGUCGCGAAACUCCUCCACGCGUCGGUCCGAGAAGACGACCCCGUCGAGCGCAAGAACAAGUACAACGACUUCGUCAAGGAGCUCACGGAGACGGCGCCGUUCGGUUUACGCGAUCUGCUCCAGUUCAAGUAUGCGGACACGCCUUCUGAUGCGGACAUUUCGCUGCGAGAGAUCACGGAGCGCUUCGUCACGGGCGGCAUGUCGCUCGGCGCUCUGUCCAGAGAGACGCACGAGUCGCUGGCCAUGGCCAUGAAUAGAUUGGGCGCGGCGUCGAACUCCGGCGAGGGCGGGGAAGAUAAAGUGCGAAAUGAUCAUGUGGGCGAGAAUCGCGACACGACCUGGAAGCAUCUUCGCGGUAAAUCUAUCGUGGCUGGCGACAUCGCGCAGUCUCAAAUAAGACAGGUCGCGUCGGGACGGUUCGGUGUUACUGCUCCGUACUUGGCCGCUGCCGCGCAGAUCGAGAUCAAGGUCGCCCAGGGGGCGAAGCCCGGCGAGGGCGGGCAGUUGCCGGGCCAGAAGGUCGAUAGCUACAUCGCUUCGGUCCGUGCCGCUACGGAGGGAGUGACACUCAUCUCGCCUCCGCCGCAUCAUGACAUCUACUCCAUCGAAGAUCUCGCGCAAUUGAUCUUCGACCUCAAGGCCAUCAACCCGAAAGCUAGGAUCUCCGUAAAGCUGGUCUCGAUUAUCGGCAUCGGCACGGUCGCGUGCGGCGUGGCCAAGGCCGGCGCGGACGUGAUCCAGAUCUCGGGCCACGACGGCGGGUCUGGUGCUGCUGCUAUUAGUUCCAUCAAGCACGCCGGCGCUCCGGUGGAACUCGGCUUGGCUGAGUCUCACACCACGCUCGUGGAGAACGGUCUCCGAGGCCUCGUGACGGUCCGGGCCGAUGGUGGCGUAAGGACGGGCGCGGACGUCGUGAAACUAGCUUUACUAGGCGCCGAGGAGUUUGGGUUCGGGACCGUGGCCAUGGUCGCGGCCGGGUGCGUCAUGGCGCGCGUGUGCCACACGAAUAAUUGUCCGGUGGGCGUCGCCACGCAGAAGGAGAAGCUCCGCGCGCGCGUCCGCGGCGAGCCGGAAGACGUGACGAGAUAUUUCGAAAGUGUCGCGGAGGAGACCGCGGACAUCCUGAAGAAGCUCGGCCUCAAAUCGCUCAGAGAAGCGGUCGGCCGCAUCGAUUUGUUAGAACUAGUAGAUGACAUGAAUCUAUCAAAAACUACGAGGUUCGACGUCGCCACGACGGUCCUGAAGCCCAUCGAGAAGGGCCUCUUCACGCAGGACUUCGUCGCGCCGGCGGAGCCCGCGCCGUCGCGCGCGUUGCUGUGCCCCGCGGGCAUUCAUUUCGACGACCAGUACGUCGGCGAGGGCAAGGCGAUCUCCAAGGAGCCCUACUACCUCGUGAACACCGAUAGAGCUGUUGGUACUAGGUUAGCUGGCGACAUCGCGCGCCGCCAGCGCGCGGAAGGCAAGAUCCAGCCCGUCGAGCUCAAGUACACGGGCGCGGCCGGCCAGUCGUUCAUGGCCUUCGCCGUGUCCGAGAUGAAGGUCUCGCUCGAGGGCGACGCGAACGACUACGUGUGCAAGGGCUUGUCCGGCGCGCACGUCUCCAUCUUCCCGCCGCGCGAGGCCGAGGCGAACGGGGUGUUUGAGGCCAAGAACAGUGUCAUCAUCGGCAACACGUGCUUGUACGGCGCCACUUCCGGAAAGUUCUUCGCCGCUGGCCAGUCCGGCGAUCGCUUCGGCGUGCGCAACAGCGGUGUCCAGGCCGUGAUUGAGGGCGCCGGCGACCACUGCUGCGAGUACAUGACGAACGGCGUCGUGCUCGUGCUGGGACCGACGGGCAUCAACGUCGGCUCGGGCAUGACGGGCGGCGUCGCGUACUUGUACGAUCCUUCCGUGAAUGAUGACAUGAUCGCCGGUCGCCUCAAGCUCACGAACGUGAAACCCAGAAGGGUGCAGAACGGCUCGCCGGCGGCGGACACGAUCAAGCGGCUGCUGCGCGAGCACCACGAGGCGACGGCGUCGAAGCACGCCAAGCACCUCCUGGAGAACUUUGACGCGUCGCACUUCUGCCAGGUCGUGCCUCCCUCUGAAGAGGACAAGCCGCACCACGCCGUGGUGGCUGAUUCCGUCGAGGAGAUGGCGGUCUCGCGAUGAAUAGGCGUGCGGUCCCUCCCUUAUUAUAAAAAACUGUUUCCAUA